UGGAUACUGGCUCAGUCCCUAAUUAUAAUGUUCCGGGUUUAUUCCAGCAGAGAUCUAGUGGGAGGAGGUCCUUUAUUAACAUAUCCAAUAUAAAAGUCAACAUUAACUUCAAUUUUGUAUUUUAGUUAAUAUUCACCAGCUGCUGUGUGCUUGUUGCUUUGUAUAGAAUGGAUAGAGUGAAUUGAAAAUGAUUCCGGCGUAUUACAUUUUAAAUCAGCUCAUCUUUAAACUCACAAGUUAUAAACGAGGUGUCUUUACUUAAAGGCACAGAGAGAAUUAGUUGUUGUUCAAGCCUUAGCAUUUUGGAAAACAUCUACUUCCAGGAUCAUGGCGGUGGUGAGGAGUGAGGUUAUUCUCUCAGUUUACAUUAUUUCCUUCCUGAUAGGCCUGCCAGCGAACCUCCUGGCUCUCUAUGCCUUCAGUGUUAAAAUCCACUCCAAGCCACAACCAACAGACAUCCUGCUACUCAACCUGAUUGUCUCUGACCUGCUCUUUUUGAUCAUCCUCCCUCUCAAGAUGUAUGAGGCAGUGUCAGGCAUGAAAUGGAAUUUGCCCAAUUAUGUGUGCUCCAUCACCUCCUUCACCUUCUUCUCCACAGUCUACACCAGCUCCUUGAUGCUGAUGGCAGUCAGUGUGGUUCGCUACAUCGGGGUAGCUUUUCCUAUCGCCUAUCAUCAGCUGAAGAAACCUGUGUAUGCAAUAGUUAUCAGUGCUGUUAUUUGGCUGAUCUCAACUGCACACUGCAGCAUUACUUUCAUUACCCAGCACCACCCCUCCUUGUCCAGCAACAAUGCCACCGUGUGCUAUGAGAACUUCACAACAAAGCAGUUGGACAUCCUCCUCAAAGUACGUUUGGAGCUUUUCAUUGUGCUCUGCCUUAUACCUCUUCUCAUUUGUGUUUACUGCUACAUGCGCUGCAUCUUGAUCCUGCACAGUGGACCUAGGAUAUCGCGGAUGCAGAAGCAGAAGGCCAUUGGCAUGGCCGCGGGGACUCUAGCUGUGUUUCUCAUUUGUGUGCUGCCAUACAAUGUGUCUCAUUUAGUGGGUUACAUCCAGGGUGAGAGCCCAAGAUGGAGGUACUACACCCUGCUACUUAGCACCUUCAACACCUGUAUUGAUCCUAUCAUCUUCUACUUUUCCACUAGUGAAAGGUCACUUGUCAGGAAGCGUAAAAUCGCUGUUUCAGGAGUACAAAGACAGGCAACAAGCUCUGGCUGAGAGCAAAAUACACUUUCAAUACAAUAUGUCCAUAUCUAGAUUCAAUAUAAGUCUUGCACUGUAUAUUAGUAGUACAGAUGUUAUCAG